GCGCUUUAUUACACCCAACUGCCUCCUUCUUCGUACCUCAUUUUCUUUUCUCACUUUCUUUACUUUUACACACUUCUUUGCAUUUGAUUAUCACUGGUCGCAUGUUUACUUUCCCCACAUUCUCAGUUCUGAAGCCCAAUAUCUGAAAAACAUGAAUCCAAAACCACUCUGACUCCUUCUCUCUUUCUCACCUCCACGUGAAAUUCGACAAAAUGCUAUAAUUUUCAUCUUAAGAAUUGAAAAUUUUGGGAAGAAAAAAAAUUCACAGAUAUGAGUCUGACAGAGGUUUUGAGAGGAGAAAUUCAAGCGCGUGUGAAGAGGUUUAUUUGGGAGAACUACGUGGACCCAAACCACAACCUGGUGGAGAAUCUUCCUCCGAGCCACGCUGCUCCAGAGGGUAAUGACGGGAGGAUAUAUAAUGCUGUCCUGUAUCAUGUGCUGCCCUACAUAUUCGGGAACAUAGCAAUCAUAGGGACUUCUGGAAAGGAUGCCUGGCCAAACAUAGCCAUCCCUCUGCCACACUUUAGCAUGACUGGUGAUGAGGGGCAACAGAUCAACUGGGAUGGUGAGUUGAAUUUGAGCGUCAUUUGUCCAGGGCUCGAGGAGUUUAGGCGGAGAUCCAAUUAUGUAGGCCUGAAUUCAGGGACACUGAGGUCCCUUUGUGAACCCUUUGCUGGAGAAGCCAGACGUUUUCUCCAUGAUAGGAGGGCUCAGGGUGUUGUGACCAACAUUUACAAAAAGGGGCCUAGGGCUUUUGAAUUAGCCCCUUGGGUUGCUUUUGAUUUUGCUGGUGGCUUAAACAUGUUCACUUUAACUAGAAAUGAAAGGACGGUCAUCCAAAGAAUGAACACGAGCCUGUCCAUGACGGAGGGUCAAAAGAAGGUUUUCAGAGCUCAAGCCUCAAGGUGAGGCGAGCCUUGAGUUGGAGGGUUAGCCGACGUUUCCAAGGCGUCUUUUUCCUUGGGGUUCAGCAGAUUUCUUUCGAGCUACGGUUCUUUGCUGCUGUCCUAAAUUUGAACCGGGCCUCUUCUAGGACUUAAUCUAGAUAGCUCUUUCAGGGUAAUCCAAAUAUACACUUAACAGAAUUAAGCUGAACUCAUGUUGUGAAAAUGUAAUGGGUAUAUUAGUAGGGGGUUGGAUGGGCUUGAAGGCUUCUUCUUUCUUUCAUUUAUUGUCAUGAGCUGAAAUUCAAUUGAAUUUUGAGGUCUCAGCCCACCAGCUCGCCUUCCUCUAAUCAUUUGGUGUGUUUUUUA